AUGUCCUCGGAUGCCGGCCCGGUGUCCUUCGCCCUCCUCCUCCCGGAGUGGCGCAGUGAGGCGCGGGCACGGCGCCCCAGCCAGCGGCCGCAGGUGAGGCGGGGGCGGCAGCAGUCCCAGCCCUCCCCGAGGACCCUCCUCUUACCUCGCCUUGGGUCGCCGGCUUCCACGGAGAAGGGCGCCCACCCGGGAGGCGGCAGCGCCUCUUCCUACUUCCCCACCCACCCCACCCCCUUCCCCCGCCCACCGGCUCCCGAUCCCCCCCCCCCAUCCCGGCCGCGCGCCCUCUCGCCAGCCCUGCGGCCAGGCGGGGGCUGCGCUGGGGGUCCCCGGCCCGAGCCCGCGCCGCACCGCACCGCGCUCACCCCCCAGAGGAUGCUGGCUGCAACUUGGAUCCGGGGAGGGAAGGUCCUAGAAGCCGAGCGCCUCCCGGCUAUUUGCUCUUCUUUAUUUGUUUUCUCCUCCCGGAAAGGAGGAGGAAAGCGCAGAGAAAAGGAAAGGGAAGGACGGAAGCGGCGCGGGCCGCUGCUCCGGUGCCCUCUGGCUGCGCAGGAGGCGGGAGGCGAGAUACUUCUCACUACAAAUCGGCUCUCUCCAGGGAUUAGCGGCAACGCGAAAGUGCACACUGGCGCUGCGGGCAGCCGAGAGGGCCGGGCAAGGCAGGCACUCCCCAGCCCAGCCCCAUGCCACCCUGGAGGCUGUGGGGAGGCGCGGGGGUCCCGAAACCGGUGCGGUGACUCCACCCGCCCUCGCCUUCCUUCCUCCUCCGCCCCUUCCACGUGGGGCCCGCCACGUGGGGAGACGCGAGCUCCAGCGGGCCUGGCCACGAUCCCCCGGGUCGCCCCGGCUCGUAGGGCCCCACCACGCCCGCGCUGCAGACCUGCCCUCUACUCGGCCCCGAGGCUCCAACUUCCUCCUGGGCCCUGCGCAGGCCACCGGUGCCGUCCCAGGCCCGCGAGGUCAGGCGCGGGCCGGCCACAGGGGGCACUUGCGUUCCCCGAUCCCAGAUCCGGGAGACCGUACCGGCUGCGGGUGCGCGCGGAGACUGUUCUGUGUGCUGGAACUUGCCGCGGUGUGUUCGCUGUGAGAAGCCAAAUGUUUUUCCACAUUUAAAGUCUGGAUAGCUCUGAGGCUAUUUUGAAAGCCUUACCUUGGGUCGGGUCCCCAGCCUCUGUGAGGCCUUGGGGGCCCGAGGGUCACUUACGUGGUGCCCUUUCAUGAAUCCACUAGUGUCUCGGUGUUCUGGGAUUGGAAUCUGGACUCCCAACGACGAUGGGCCACUUCGGGCCGCGCGAGACUAGACAGCAUCUGGGCUGGAUUCUUUGGCCAUGACCUGCGACAUCCGAGCGCUGUCCCCGGAAAGGAGCCAGCUUCUUGCGCCCAGGGCCUCCCAAGCUUACUAACCAGACUUUAGGUGCCCGGCUUCUAAGGACCCCAGGGGCGCUGAGCAGUGCCCUUGGGUGCAAUUGUUUUUAAAUCUUUUUGGGUGCUAGAGACUUGAGAUGUUGGGCUGUAUGAUCGAGAGGAGGGGUCUAAUAUCACGACUUUGAAGGUCACAGAGACUGCCAUUCAGAGAGCCACUUUGCAUGGUGUGGCCUUCUACAGACUGGAGAAAUUUAUAGCCGGCAUGGGCCGCGUGAGGCCUCCGAGCCCCUGAACCCAUCGCUGUGCGUUCUGGAGAGCACUUUAUCUGGCCUGUUUGCUAAAGUGCACACCCAGAUGCCGCCCGCAAGACCUGCGAUGUGGGGUUUCUAUGAUGAUCGUUUUAUAGUCAAACUGGUUUUAAAAUAGUUUACCAAUUUUUCUGAAUGGCAACGCGGGAACGGACCCUCUCAAACACAAUAUGAUAGUUUUUACGUACCCCUAAUAGGCCUGGGGCUGCUCAGUCACGAAGUAGCUCACCAUCCUGAUUUCUCUGAGAGAAUUCACAGGUGUGCGUCCACCCCUGACCCCUCCAUCUUCCAGGGCUUUGUGUUCUCAUGGAUUCCUCUAAAUAGUUCACUGCUUCCCCAGAAGCUUCACUCCAAGGUCGUGGGGCCGAAGACCUGCUUGUAAACUGACUUUGUCGCAUACCCCAGACUCCUGUGCCACCAGUUCCUGUUUUAUGAGUUCCUUGGUCCUAAACUAUGGUAGUGAGA